GACGCACCACAACCCUUACGCUGUCCUUUGGUCGAUAACUAAUUACAGCUGAAUCUGCACAUCCGAGCCAACAACGUGGCCAGAUCAACAGGUUUCCUCGACUGAACGAGCGCCUGCGUACCCUCGCCUUGCCGUUCCGACACUGAUCCUAGUUCAACCUCACUAAGACCACAAACGACGCCGAGUCGGGACCGAACAUGGCGGAAGAAUCCAAGCCCGUCAAGGGCAAAGGCAAGGACAACGGAAAGGACAAGGAGAAGGCGGCGAAGAAGAUCCAAGAGGCCCUCGGCGGCCUCUCCAAUGACCAGGUCAACCAGCUGCUCGACCUCAACCCGGCGCUCGCCAGCGAGCUGAGCUCGUCGAGCUCGAGCGACCCCAAUGCCGCCGUCGAGGCGCUCAAGCGCCUGAACCUGCAGGACAUCAUGACCGGUCUCGCCUCGAGCGGCAAGAACGUAAAGGACAUGGGCGCGUACAAGUUCUGGGCCACGCAGCCGGUGCAGAAGUUCGGCGAGGACGAGAACCCGGACAAGCCUUUUGAGGAGGGGCCCAUCAAGAUCCAGACCGUGGACGAGAUCCCCAAGGAGCCCUCGCCUCUGAUCGACGGGUUUGAGUGGGCCACGUUGGACCUGACAAAGGAUGAGGAGCUCAAGGAGGUCUAUGAGCUGCUAAACGGCCACUACGUGGAAGAUGACGAGGCAAUGUUCCGCUUCAACUACUCUCCAAGUAUUCUGAAAUGGGCCAUGAUGCCACCGGGCUGGAAGAAGGAAUGGCACAGAGGUGUCCGCGCAACACAAUCACGGCGCCUCGUGGCAUUCAUCGCCGCGAUCCCUGUAGAGCUGCGUGUUCGCGACAAGGUCAUCCACGCCUCCGAGGUCAACUUCUUGUGCAUCCACAAGAAGUUGCGCGCGAAGCGGCUCGCCCCUGUCCUCAUCAAGGAGAUCACCCGCCUCUGCAACCUCGAAGGCGUCUUCCAGGCCAUCUACACGGGCGGCAUCGUGCUACCCCGCCCCGUCAGCACGUGCAGAUACUACCACCGCGCCAUCAACUGGCCCAAGCUAUACGACGUCGGGUUCAGCCACCUGCCGAAGGGCAGCCGGCCGCAGCACCAGAUCAAGAAGUACGCCACGCCCGAGAGCACAAAGAUCAAGGGCCUGCGCGAAAUGCAGAAGAAGGACAUACCCGCGGUGCAGAAGCUGCUCACGCGGUACCUGGCCAAGUACCAGCUGGCCGCCGAGUUUGACGACCACGAGGUCGAGCACUGGCUGUGGCACAACAGCGACGACACGCCGGACCGCGUCGUGUGGACGUACGUCGUCGAGGGCCCGCACAAGGAGAUCACCGACUUCAUCUCCUUCUACUGCCUCGAGUCGUCCGUCAUCAACCACCCGAUACACAACAACGUGCGCGCCGCGUAUCUCUUCUACUACGCCACCGAGGUCGGCCUGAAGGACGAGGUCGACCGGGCCGAGCUCAAGAGCCGCCUGAACGAGCUCGUCACAGACUCGCUGUACUACUGCAAGAAGUACAAGUUCGACGUCUACAACGCCCUCUCCCUCAUGGACAACGGCCUGUUCCUCGAGGAGCAAAAGUUCGGCCCCGGGGACGGCCAGCUCCACUACUACCUGUUCAACUACAAGGCCAACCCGAUAGCUGGUGGCGUCGACAAGCGCAACAGGCUGGACCUCGAGGGCUUGAGCGGUAUUGGUAAAACCCAAAUCUAAAUGGCUGAGAAGCAUGCAAGGACCCUGUGAACAAAUAAAAGUUCGCCACAUACAGAGCAGCGAGCCUGUAGGCUCUAUUUGUAGGACAAUUUGAAAGGGUUCUCAGUGAUUUGCCAAGUUGGAGUUCCGCCUCCAGCACGUCCAAAGCAUGCAUGAUAUGUUUCGCGUGUGAUAUGUUGGCCCAUAAAGCCAUUUAUAGUCAG